UAGACUUUCUCUCGCUCAGCGCGCCACAUAAACAAAGGCACAUUGCAACUUCAGCUCAGCGCUGAACCGUUCCGUUCCUACCGCCGACACUUUAACAGUGGAGCUGACAGAACCACGGAGAACUUUUUUCUUUUUAGCUAAGGGGAAAAUCAAUCAAACAAUAUUUUUAAAUGAAAAAUCAUAAAUUUUUGCGACUAUAAAUUCAACUUUCAUUCAACCAUUAUUUUCGGGUUUUGCCUAAUUCUGUUGGAUAUGCACAAGGAAUUAUUAAGGCUUUAAAACCAUAUGUAAAGACGGAACCUCAACAGAAAGCAAACUCCGGUUCGGAAGAGCGCCUGCAGCCCAGGUCUGAAUCCCGGCUUCCGGAUUCCUCAACCGCCGCGUGUGCUGAAGCAGCCCCGAGCCCCAGACGCGUGCAGCCUCCACUGGAGAAACCGACCACGAUUCAGCGAGCAAAAGGCCAACCAGAUCUAUGGCACUCUGACAAUGAACAAGCGAUCACAGUUAUUGGAACAGCUGCAUUUUGUCCAUCUAAAAUGCACACCUCGAGACAUGCCCUGUGUUCAGGCCCAGUAUGGCCCUGCACCUCAUGGGUCCAGCUACUCCGCCCAGUCCUUUGGUUACCAUGGUGACUACACCGCUGACCUCAUGGCGACAGACUACACGAAGUGUGAGCUUGGUGGGGGGGAGAUCUCUGCGGCGGCCGCCACCACUUCCCUGCCCAGUUUUAAUGUGUUUGUUGAGGGAGGCUUUGAGCCUAAACCCUCCUGUCUUUAUCAACUUCCUCAUCAACGCUCUAUCAUCAAGAAGGAGGAGGAGUCUUACCCACCCAUGGCACCAUCUGAUGAGGCCAUAGCUGGAGGCUCUAUGUACUUUAAGCAGUCACCCCCAUCAACGCCCCCCACGCCGCUUCACCCUGGCCAACCCAGCAGCUCUUUCUUGUGGGAUGAACACAGUCUUCCCCCUGUGCCCCAGUCCUGCCUGAUUGAAGGCCCACUGAAGACUCUGCGCUUCCCUCAUUUAUACGAGCAGACAGCCCCACCCUCCACUAGUGGCUACGACACUGCCCUAGGCCUUCCACUGCGCCCCGAACGCUCUCCUUCAUCCUCGUCUUCAUCUUCACAUGUGCCACAUAGCCUGGACACACACACACAUACACACUCACAUGCACACUCCCAUACACACUCACAUAUGUACCCACUGAACAUGGGUAAGCCCGGUGGCCUGGCGUUCCGCUCUCUGGGCAUGGGCCCGUGCCCGCCACUGCUGGGAGAGAGUUUGCCAUCGCCACCCAGUCGCACCAGCUCUGGAGAGGGAACCUGUGCCGUGUGUGGAGACAACGCGGCCUGCCAGCAUUACGGUGUACGCACAUGUGAGGGCUGCAAAGGCUUCUUUAAGAGGACAGUGCAGAAGAAUGCAAAGUACGUGUGUUUGGCCAGUAAAAACUGCCCUGUGGACAAAAGGAGACGAAACCGCUGCCAGUACUGCCGCUUCCAGAAGUGUCUCAGUGUAGGCAUGGUGAAAGAAGUGGUGCGCACAGACAACCUAAAGGGGAGGAGAGGUCGCCUUCCAUCUAAACCAAAGAGUCCACUGCAGCCAGAGCCCUCACCUCCAUCACCCCCUCUUACCCUGCUCAGCGCAUUAGUGCGGGCCUACUCCCAGUCUACACCACGAGAACUAGACUACAGUCAGUUCAGUUCGGUGGAGCCAGUGGGUCUCUCUGAAUCUCAGCAGAUCCAGAUGUUCUACAGAGUGCUAACCGGCUCCAUGGAGGUGACGCGUUGUUGGGCCGAACGGCUGCCUGGAUUCUCUGAGCUUCACCAUGAUGACCAGAUCCUGCUCAUUGACUCUGCCUUCCUAGAGCUGUUCGUGCUUCGCCUUGCAAACAGGUCGUUGCUGGUAGAAGAGAAGUUUGUGUUUUGUACAGGCCUGGUCCUGCACCGCCUGCAGUGUCUGCGUGGAUUUGGAGAGUGGCUGGACUCCAUCCGUGACUUCAGCGCACACCUGCAGGGUCUCAACCUAGACCUGCCUGCUUUCUCCUGCUUAUGUGCCCUGGUACUGCUCACAGAACAAUGUGCUGGUCUGAAGGAACCCAAGAAAGUGGAGGAACUGCAAUCCAAACUAGUUUGCUGCCUGCGAGACCAUCUAAGCUCAGUUGGUGCUGGAGGUGUGGCUUCAGCUGGAAAGGCUCCACCCCCUGUCGGAGCUGUGCUCGGCUUGAGGGCUGAGCUUCGAUCUCAGCGCACACAAGGCUUGCAGAGGAUCUUCUACCUGAAGCUUGAGGACCUGGUCCCACCCCCACCGCUCAUCGAUAGGUUUUUGGACACCUUACCCUAUUGAUGACCACGCCCAAUAUUGCACACCACUAACAUGCCCAAAAGCUCACUUAGACAUGCCCACAGCGGCUAUAAACUCACCUUUUGAGAGACAGAGCCAGUAGCUAACAGUGACAGUGAACUCAAUUUCCCAUGAGUCCCCCAAAUCCUCACGAGAAACAACGUGUCUGAGGAGGAAGAUAAGCGCUUAUAAUCUCUGCUCUGCGCCUGAAAGUGAAGAUACGAGGCAGGAUUUGAGCUGUUUGUAUGACUGACGUUUAAUGCACAUUGGGAAAGAGAGCAUAACUGCGACCAGUUCCUAUAGCUCAGUGUGUCAUGUCAGAAGUAUUAUCGGUGCGAGAAUGUGUGCGUGCAUAUGUGUGUUUGUGUGUAAGCAGACUUGACGGCUCCUUUGCUGGCAGUCCAAAUGUUCCACCGUAAUUCACUUCAACCAUUGUGUUUAUCAAUAACAUACACUCACAGACACAAGUGCACACAUACUGUCCUUUCUCUCACACACACACACACACACACGUAUCCAAAAAGCCAGCUUCAGAUGCCAGAUUAUGACAUAUCAACUGUCGUUGGCAGAAACAAAGUGGAUGUUUGUGUGAAAGCAUGUAGGAGUGUCUCUGAGGGAGGCUUUCGACACAGACAGAACGACAAGAGUGCAUUAAUGUCUAGAAUCACAGUUGAUCACGCCCCAGAAACCUGCAAACAAGUGCAAUUUACUAAGUGCUAUUGUAAACGAAGAGAGAAAGAGAGUGUGCGUGUGCGUUCCAGUCCUAUUUCAAACUCUAAAUUAUUUUAAUACUAAGACUCACCUUGUAAGGUAAAGGUUUCAAAUUUAGAAGAUUUUAGCCUGGUCUGCGCACUGCACUAACUUUUUAAUGACGAAGUUCCACAGACUUUAAAUUAAUAUCGUUUAAAAAAUUUUUUUUUUAUAAUUAUUAAAAAGUAAGUGGUAUUAGGGGUAGGAUAAAGGACUAAAAUGAUUAGAAGUACAAUGUGGGCUUUAAGCACUUAAAUGAAAAAAAAAAAAGAGGAUAAGAGAAGGCUGAAGAGUGAUACAGGUGCAGAGAGAGACGACAGGAAGGAAUGAAACAUUCCACUUUCAUGCUCAUUUUUGUAUGUUUAUAUUGUCUACACCAUUUAUUAAUGGUGGACAUUGUUGCAAAAAUGUCUUUUAUAUGUACAAAAAGUAAAAAGGAUUAUAUGCAUGGUUUUGUCCUCGCCUCUGCUUGUAUUUAUUUUGCAAAGACUGCCGGCUCCACAAGGGCUUGAACACACAUACUGACUAGGCGUUCUCGCUUAUUUUACCAUACGGCAGCAGUAUGAACAGAUGAGAAAGUACAAAUUAUAUAAAUACAUACAUACAUAUACAUAUAUACACACACAAUACAAAACUAAUAUUUUGAAGUGUUUUUAUGUGAUAGCUUUUUCAAAUCUUGUGGUGCAAGUUGUGCAUUGCAGCAGUAUGAACAGAUGAGAAAGUACAAAUUAUAUAUAUAUAUAAAAAUAUAUACAUAUACACACACACACACACAAUACAAAACAAAACUAAUAUUUUGAAGUGUUUUUAUCUGAUAGCUUUUUCAAAUCUUGUGGUACAAGUUGUGCAUUGUUUUUUGGAGAAGAAACAUGAAAAAAAAAAAUGUUUUUCAAUGUCUCUCUUGGUUUUAGUUUUUUUUUUCUCUUUAGUUCACUGGAGGCUCUGUUCAGCACUUUGAAAUCAUAAAAAAAAACAAAAAAACUUCUGAUUAUUUGUGUGAAAGCGUGUUUAUUCUGUCCACGUCUGUGUGGACUGUUUUUGUGUGAAAGUCUGAAAGCAUCAGAACUCUUUUUCUGUUGAAGCCUGUUUUUUGUUGUGACUCAGGAUGAAGCGGAGGGACUCCCCCUUUGCCAAGUUCAAAAACCAUUGGCGUGCCACAUGACUUCACAGCUUAAUCCCAUCAAGUACCCUAAUCUGUGUUUUUACGUGUCGCAUAUCUUGGUCAGGGCUCUGAGAGACCCCGUUUCAAUGUACUCUGCAUGGAUUAAGCUGGGGAACAGAUUCUGAUCAUUUUUGGGGGAAUUCUGACCACAUCAGGCCUGCGGUCCUCGUUAAGCCCCAUCGAUCAACAUUGUGACAUUUGAGCAUUAAGGCACACUCACACACAUACACACUGACACAGCUGCUCUUUCUCUGUCUUUCUCCAUCACUCUCCAAAUCUGUCAUGGAUUGUCAACAGCAAAGCUUACUAUAGAUACACAUGGGCGCACAUGGACAUACAUACACACAUAUACAAACUAAGAGAUUUGACCACACACUUAUGUGCAUACCAGGGUCACAAAUUAACCAGGGGAAACAAAAUAUAUAUAUUUUUCUGGAUUUUAUCUUAAUUCGAUUCCUCUGUUUUUUAUUUGUCAUCUAACAUUUGCUAUUUUUCAUAUAUAUUCUAUACAUUUGACAUAAAUGAAGAAUUUACUGCGUGUUAUUUGUUUUAAUAUAAAAAUGUAAUAGAUAAUAAAGUCUUGCCCUCU